GGGCGACACAGGCUCUGAACACCAGACCCGGCCGAGGCUACUCCCUGCUCAAGCUAAGCACCGCCGCUUGAUACGCCUGAGUUUUUCAUCCACCACACCAGCAAUGACUCUCUGGGAGACUGUGCUUUGCACUUUCUUAGCGUGCCUCUUGGCAACCCUACUUGGCGGUCUCCAUAAAAUAGGAGCAUUUCGCAAGAGGAAACCCAAGGAACCUCCAUUGGACAAAGGCUUCCUUCCAUGGCUCGGACACGGGCUAAGUUUCAUUCAGAGCCCUGAAGAGUUUUUGGAAAGGAUGCGGAAGAAACAUGGGGAUAUUUUCACAGUUUUGCUCAGAGGCAGUUACAUGCAUUUUUUGAUUGAUCCUUCUACUUAUGAAUCCUUAAUGAAUGUAUCAAAACAAAUGCUGGGUUCUAAUAAAUUUACAUCAAUGGUGGCAUGUAAUGUUUUUGGCCUCCACUCCACAGAAUCUCAGCUACAUCGUUUUAAAAAAAUCAGUGAUAAGUAUCUCGGAGGGAAGUAUCUACCUGUCCUGAACCAGGAGAUGAUGGAGAAGUUGAAGUCCGUGAUGCUUCUCAGCCAGGAUUCAGGUGAGGGGAAAAGAUCUUGGCGGCAGGAGGGAGUCCUCCACUUUAUCUACAAAACUGUCUUCCAAGCCUCUUUUCUGACUUUGUUUGGCAAUGAGCCACACAAAGAUGUAGACAGCAAAGAAAAUGCUAAGGAGAAUGAAUUAACCCAAGGUGGAAACUUGUUGGAAAAUUUUCAGAAAUUUGACCAUUUCUUUCCCCAUAUGGUCACUGGCACACUAGACCCUCUGAGAAAGAAGGAGACAGAGAGAUUGAAGAAGUACUUCUGGGACAUUCUCUCAGUCGAAAAGUUAUACCAAAGGGUGGGCAUCAGCAAUUGGGUAGCUGAGCUAAAUCAGCAGUUAUCUGAGCCUGGGAUUACUGAAAAGACGCGGACUCAAUUUCAGCUGAUGCUUCUCUGGGUCUCUCAAACUAACAUUGUCCAUGCUACCUUCUGGAUUCUUCUGUAUCUCCUGAAAUAUCCAGAAGCAAUGAAGGCAGUGAGGGAAGAAGUGGAGAGAGUUCUAAGAGAGACCGGUCAGGAGGUCGAGGCAAGCGGCCCCUUCAUCAACGUGUCCUUGGAUAUGAUCAAAACUCCUCUUCUGGACAGUGCAAUAGAGGAAACUCUGCGCUUGAAAGGGUCUACUUUUAUCUUCAGAACUGUGAUGCAGGAAAUGGAUAUUAAGAUGGCCGAUGGCAAAGAAUAUACUUUCCGGAGAGGUGAUGAUCUAGUGUUGCUGCCUUUUCUUGCACUGCAAACAGAUCCAGAAAUCCACCCUGACCCUCACACAUUCAAAUAUGACAGGUUUGUGACCCCAGAUGGGAUAAAAAAGGAGUUCUACAAGAAUGGGAAUAAGCUAAAGUAUCACAGUAUGCCUUUUGGUGGUGGAACUGGACUGUGCCCUGGGCGAUUUUUUGCUGUUUAUGAAAUGAAGAUGUUUGUCUUCUUGAUGCUGGCCUACUUCGACAUGGAACUGGUUAAUGCAGAAGCAGAAAUGCCUACGAUAGAUGUAAGAAGCUUUGGGUUUGGAACUAUAAAACCAUCUCAUGAUAUUCACUUCAAAUACCGAUUGAGAGUCUAAGGGGAAAGUCAUUUAGGCUCAAAUAUGCAAAGGAUUGCCCUAUCAAACCUAGCUUUUAUUAACAAAGAUAUGAUUUCGCAGUUAAACUCAGGGUAAUUCUUUUUUUCCUAAUAAAAAUAUUAUUCUAUAAAUACAGAGUCUUUGGGCCUGUCUAGACCUAGGGAGGGGAGGGGGAGGUUUCCAUGAUAUGAUGAUCGCAAGAUGCUCCCCCUCAGUCUACACGUGGCACAUGACAUCCCGGGAGGAAGAAGACAUGGCAUCAGCCAUUUUUUUUUGUUUUUUUAUCGAAAAUGAGUGUACGAACGCUCCAUUGAAAAUGCUAGUUGUUGGUGUUUGUUUUUUUAAAAAAUAAUCUUGCU